AUUGUCAAUGCGGCAGACUUGAGAGGAGUCAGCCUGGCAAGCGGGGACCGGCUUCUAGCCCUUACAGAUUGUGUUGGAGUGGUUCCUAGCCGUACUUUUCCUCAACCCGUGAUUGUUCCUGGAACAGUCAACGACACAACUGGUACUUAUCACUUCGAUUUGGGUUACUUGGAACUGAACAGCAGCAACAACCCAGAAGCCCUUCAGCUCUGUUGGUGUUCAGCCAGGUCCAGCGGAUGCGAUGACCCUACAAAUUAUCGACAGGUGGCGAUGACGUUUUACGUGGCUUGCCCCCCAGGUUUCUACGAACUUGAAGUUGUUCCAGGCUCUCCAACCCAAUGCCAGGAAUGUCCCGCUGGGUUUUACUGCGCCGGGGGCUGGCCAGCUGAUCUGAGUCCUUGCCCUGCAGGGAGCGUUUCCAUGCGUCAGUCGGUGGCUUCUACAGACUGUCUUUGCAGAGGUGGUUUCUACUGGGAUGAUUCUGUAGGUGCAUGCUUGGCGUGCCCAGUUGGUAAGUACAAAGACUGGAUUGGCCGAGCUUCUGGGUGUGGGAAAAUAUGCCCAAGCCUGACAACUUCUUCUGGUGGUGCCGCAAAUGUUUGGGAAUGUUUCUGUUCUGGGAACUCUAUUGACACCGAUUCAGCGUUGGAAAGCUUCGAAUGCACAGACUUGGAAACCCUCUCCAGCAAUUCUAGUGAAAGGGAUGUGUUUUUGGCAGUAGCUGCCACUGUAUACUCCUUCAAUGGGUCCUUACAAGUCCAAGAUGCAUCUACUGAAGCACUCUUCCUUGAGAUUGAGGAUUGGUUGCAUCAGCUUCUCGAUAUGGCCAGCGUAAGAGCACGGCUGGAACUGAGCGUCACGUUUGAGGCGAGCAAUUGGUAUGUCGAUUUUAUUGGAUGGAGUUCAGACAGAGGAGUAGCAUACAUAUUGCAGGACAAAUUUGAUCCUAUUCCAUUUCAAGUAUGGAUUGCAGGCAUGACAGGGACUGCCUUGGAUUCAGCUCAGUUGGUGAGCUGCUCGGAGGUAGCCAGCGUUUUGCUACAGUGUCCAGCUGGUCUUGGCUUGCAAGAGGGUCAUCCCAUCAUAGAUCUGAACGAUUGCACGUGCCCUCAUGGCAAGCAACCUGCGGUUUCCGGGGCCUCUGGAUUGGAAGCAGGGUGUGUGCCCUGCCCACUGGGUCAAUACAAAUCAUCUGUUGGAGAUACCAGCUGUGUAGCUUGCCCCACGACACCCAAGCCGUUAACAACGCUGCAAGAAGGUUCAAUGUCAUACUCGGCAUGUACCUACAUUUGCCCUGCUGGUUCUUUCAAUGAUGACCCCAUGAAUCCAUCUAGCUGUCAGCCUUGUGGCUUAGGAUUCUACUGCCCUUACAAAGAAAACAGGGGAGCAUGCAAUGAGUCACAAACCACGGUGGAUGAGGCUGCCAGCUCCAUCACAGAGUGCUUGUGUGCUCCUGGUUUUCUCGAUGCAGGCUCUGGAGCUUGCCAGGCAUGUGCUACUGGGAAAUACAAAUCUCUAAUUGGAAAUGCCCAGUGCUCAGUUUGCGCAGCCGGCACCUCUGCAAGCGAAGGCCAGGCAACUUGCGAUGAGUGUGAAGCAGGACGCUUUGCCACUGCAGGGGCUGGAACUUGCGACCCAUGUCCAGCGGGUCGCUAUUCGCUCAAUCCAGCUGCAACUUCCGUGGAUUCGUGCGUGCUGUGCCCAAUUGGCACCUGGGGCAACACGGCAGCUGCAAGUUUGAUGUCUGCGUGUGUACCCUGCGUCUCAGGAUCCACUACAGCACUGCCCGCUGCUGACAGUGAAGCACUUUGUGCUCGGCCAAAUGCUUCACACAGCAAGACAUGCAUUUCCGGCAGGACAUGUGCCAUUGAUGGAAUUGCUGGAUCCAGUCUGCAGGAUGGGCACCGCAUGGCGAUCACCUCUUCAGCCUGCAGUGAUGCAAAGCUUGCAGUGUCAGGCAUCAUCAGCAGCGGAAUCUCUAAAGCUGCAACUCAAAACGGCGGUAGCUAUGAGUGGGGUGAUGUCUACACAGAUUUCACUCCUCUAGGUGGUGUUUACAACUUGUGCUGGUGUGCCAGCAUGGGCAUCCUGACAUGUGACAACCUCAAUAGCAACUUUGUCAUCACACCAGGACAACUGCUUGUGACUGGCCCGUUCGCGAACCAGCUUGAAUGUUUACGAGGUUCUGAUUGCACUGAUUUGGCCUUUAGUGGAUACGACCUGCUUGCAAGUGACCAAAUUGCGGUCAGGCUGGAUGCAUGUGGCCGCAGUGUUGCUGAGCAGAUCUCCAUUUCAAAUGUCAAUGGUCUCGGGGAUUUGCAAGCGAGUGGCACAGAUUGGGUACUGGGCUUUGGAGUUUCCACCAAUGAUCAUGACUACCACCUCUACAUCGACGCAAGCAAUGCUGGCUACUUCCUGUGCUGGUGCGCAAGCGAGAGAGGAUCAAACACUGCGUGUGCCACAGCUGAUUUUGCUGUUUAUGCUGGGCGCCUGAGAGUUACAGGGCCAAACACGAAUCAGGAGAGCGCUUGUGCAGUUGGACAGGAGUGCAGCGUGACAGGCAUUCGCGGGGUUAGCAUGCAAAGUGGAGAUCGCCUGAUGAUUCUCUCAGACUGUGGUAGAGGAAAUGCCAUUCCUGGUCUUCCAUCCAGUGGCAUUCUUGAAACUGCUGAUGGCAAUAACUUUGCAUUCGUGGGAAACGUAAGUAGUGUCAUUCUGUCCGUGGCCGGGAUUUUCCGGAUAUGUUUUUGCAGGCCAGCUGGAGACACUUGCGGAACGGCAGUUGGAUUCCAAGCAAGGGUCGGCUUGAUGACAGCCAGUGGCCCGUUUGAUUCCACUACUGAGUGCCAGCUAGGUAGCAAUUGCACCGUUGAUAUGUCUGGUAUCGGCUUGGAUGUAGGUGACCAACUCUUCUUUACCAGCGGCACAUGUGGUAGUUCCAAUGCGCUGAGCGAGCUUGGCUUCACACAACUGCAGGAUCCUGUGCCACUGGAGCAGUCAGCAAGUGGUCUGCAAGUUCUGCUGGGGGAGCUGCCCAUCUCUGCAAACCCAGGGCUGUAUUCCAUAUGUUGGUGUCCCAAAAGUGCUGCUUGUACAAGUCCAGCUCUUUUCCGAGCACCUGCUGGUCUUCUACAAGUUGAUUGCCCCCCUGGAACCUUUGCUGUUGGACCAUCAACAGGCCAAACCUGCGAAAGCUGCACUCGGGGAUUCUACUGUGCUGGGGGACGACCUGAGAUAGCGGCAAGAGUAUCCUGUGUUGAUGGAAGAACAACUUUAAGCAAAGGUUCUGUCACAAUCGAUGCCUGCCUUUGCGAUCGUGGCUUCCGCCUCGAUGUGGCAUCCAGUGCGUGCGUGGCCUGCGAAUUGAAUUCUUACAAGUCGCAGCCUGGCAACCUGGAAGCGUGCACGCCUUGUCCUUCCAGCUUGAUCACCUAUGACACUGCAUCUGUGUCUGCCUAUUCAUGCGUUGCUGGGGCCACAGGGUCCACAGGGGCCACUUCGGGCUCUGGAAACGGAAACGGAAACUCUGAGGACGCUGACGGAAGUUCUAACGGAUCAGACAACCAAAGUGCAAAUGAUUCAAUCGAUAGCAAUUCGUCCAACAGCACUGUGGGUACAGACGGGUCAGAUGGGGAGAGUUCCUCAGUGGUUCCUUCUGCGCAGAAUGAAUCCGAUGUGCCUGCACUUACCUUCAACAUGUCUUUGGGCAACUUUCCAGUCACGUCGGAUGUUGACUCGCUAAAAGUCCAAGUGAUCGCGAUUUUCAGAAAAAGCCUCUCGGCCACUGCAAGGCUCUCUGCUGAUGCUGUGCAGGUGGACAUUGUUGGCCUAGUGAUCCCGACCGCCAAUAACGAAUCGAGUGGGAGACGGCUGGUGGCCAGCGCGCCGGUGGUGGUGAUUACGCUCAAGCAGCGCACAGCGGAGGAAGCCGCGCAAACCGCGGCUGACAUUGACGUAGUCACCAUCUCAAAUGAAGUAUCUGCGGAAGUGGCCGCGCAUCCGACCUUAGGGGCGAUGGGUCUCGAAGUGGCUCCCUUGACAGAUGUAGCUAUCACAUCUGUCCUUGUGACAUGCCCUCGGUAUCAAUCUGUACCUCCAGGUGUCCCGGUAUUGAGUGCAGCUGACUGUCGCUGCAGCAUUGGAUAUGGCUACGAUCUCGCAGCACAGAUCUGUGAUCCCUGCCGUCUAGGUGAAUACAAGGAGAUUGUUGGUGACGCGAUUUGUGGGAAAUGCCCGGACCUCACAACCACAUUCAGUCUUGGCGCCACCUCCCUUCAGCAGUGUGACUGCGAAACUGGUCUCUACAGAGACGAUCUUGGCAACUGUUCAACAUGUCCAGUUGGUUUCUACUGUCCUGGUGGACCAGAUGCUAUAGCUUGCCCAGCGCAUUCAACGACACUUUCACAGGGCUCCUCGGUUUCAGACUGCAUUUGCCUGGAGGGACACUACUUCGCUUCGCCUUCACUUUUUUGCCAGCCCUGUCCACGAGGGCAGUACAAACCAGAAAUUGGGAACGGAGAAUGUGCCCUGACUUGUCCGACGAACGCAGACAGCGAGCUUGCCUCCACUAGUCUGGAUGAUUGUUUCUGCAUGCCCGAAUUCCACGCAAAUAUGGAUGAGAAUGGCCAGCUGGCAACUUGCAUCGCCUGCACAUACUCGGGGAUGAUUUGCCAGGGUGGCUUUGUUGACCCUAACGCGACCAAUGUGACCGCGACAUUUCCAAAGGUUCACAGCCAGCCGUUUGCGGGGCCUGGCUUUUACCAGACUGGACGGACGUCAGCGGUGGAAUGCAACAUCCUGCUACUUGAUGGGUCAAGCGUUUGUCAAGGUGGAAGCCCUUGUCUGGCACAAAGAUUGGGCUUGCCAGCCCCAGAGGCCUGCCAUGGCACGUUCGGAAACGCUUGUGUUGAAGGCUCUACUGGGGUGGCGUGUGGUGAAUGUGCCCGAGAUUGGUCCAGAGACAAGUACCCAGAGCCAUGCGGGCAGUGCCAGAAGGAGUCUGCCUCACUGCUUGCAGUAGAAAUUCUCCUGGACCUUCUCGUCAGGGCGUUUUUGGGCUUUGUGGUUGCAGCGCUGGCUGCCAGUUCGGCAGUGAAGGGCAAUUCGAAGCUUCACAUCAGCAUGAUCCGUAUUGGCUCCCAGUGGCUGGCUGCAUGUUCAGUCAUCACUCAGUUCAACCUGCAGCGACUCCCUGCCUUCGACUGGGUGCAGAGGCAGCAGCGGAUAGAUGCGCUCGAAGCCUGUGCCGCAAGCAAUUCGACCUCGACCUGCGAUGUUGGCUCAGCGGUGAUCAAGUUUCCUUGGCCACCGGAAUUUAGUGAUGCCUUGAGGGACAUCUUUGCAAUUAUGGGAGUCGUGCCCAAACUGGUAUCGGUGGAGUUUACAAUGCAAUGCCACGCAGAGGAUUUGAUAUCUCAUGACCGUGGCGCGAAAGUCAUGGCACCUGCGCUUUACUAUGUGUUGAGCCCGGUCAUCGCGCUGCUCGGAGUAUUCUUUGUUUGUGCGCUUUUGGUGUACUGUGUGGUGCCAUGUGGUCGCGCGGCUGGCAUUCACUUCAACAAUGUGUCAAAAGAGAAGAACAAGAAAGAGAAGGCCAUGGCGAAAAUCAAGAAAUCGCUGAUUUUCCACUUGGCGAAACACGGCCUCACAUGGCAAGACAUUGAGGACUCAGAAAUCUUGGAGGAACAGCACGCGACGACUUUAAUCCAUGCAGCUGUGGAGCCACAACAAUUCAUUGUAGGUACGAUAUCUAAGUGCAAACCACUGGCUGCCCAGAUGUGCUGGCACUGUUUGCAAUCGGAUUCCCUUGCUGCCUCUUCAUGGUCUGCGGUGCGGAUGAGUUUCGAAGAAUUUUUGGAAAACCCCGAUUUCUUGCUCAAAAACAUUGGAGAUGAAGAUCAAAGUCUUGCAAUGGCAGCCCUUGGGGAGAUACCUGGAGAUCUUCUUGAAACCUUUGUUCAUCGAGCUUUGGCCUGGAAGUUAGCGGGCAAGGUGGAGUCCCACUUUCCACAGGAUCGUGUGGCCGAAGCUGUGAUUGCAGCAAGUGCAUCGUCCGCCAACCUCUUCGAGCAAUCUGCAAGAGAACGCACCUGGAAUGUCGUUGUGAAAUCAAUUUGUCUUCGGCUCAGGGAUGAGGUUGAAGUUGAAGCGCAAGCGAUGAGCAAGACACAGGGCGAAGCUGCCUACGAAUUAGAUCCAGCGACCUUGGACUUUGGACUCUUCACAAGCCGUCCCGGCUUCGUCGAACUGCUUGUUCUGUGUAUUCCAGUUUUCUGGGUGACUCUGUUGGCUAUGUGGCCAGAACUUUUGCGAGCGUUUCUGCAGAUGGUUUGGUGUGCUUCUAUCUCUGGCGAGGAUGCUGACGGCAGGAUUGUUGUCCAGCAGCGCCUGCUUCCACAUCCAGACGUCGUGUGCUGGAGCAGGGAUCAUUUUGCGAGUCUCUUGAUCGCAUGCAUCGGCUUGGGGCUCUGGUGCACUGCCGUGCCCCUGACUCUGUUCUGGCGAAUCUACCGAUUGAAGGACAGGCAAAGCGCUGAGAACAUGCGGAAGUAUGGCUAUUUCUGCGAAGGAUAUGAGCCUCGCUACUGGUGGUGGGACAUCCUCGUCAAGAGAGCAGACAUUGGACUUAUGAACAUUGUGACUUACACGUCCAUUGCCAGCGACGGUAAGGCCAAGCUGCUCUUGUUUCCCUUUGUCUCAGGUUGUAUGCUUGCAAUUGCCGCUUGGUACCAGCCAUUUGCAAACACCCAAGCGGAGAUUCUGGACUUUUUAGAGAUGUGCCUAUUGAGUUUUCGCUUCUUCCUCUUCAGCACCAUUUCGGUGUUGCUGAUCUUCAACCCAGCUGAAGAAAUGAUGUGGGCCCUUGCGUGCACACUGGCCACAAUGCUGGCCUCCUUUUGCACUUAUUUCGGUCUACACAUUGUGGUGCAAAUUCUUCGCGCAUCAGUCAAGCUGGAAGAGAGCGACGACAGUGAUUCGGAAUGGAAGCAGAUGCAAGGCUUGGAGAAGAAAGCGAAGAAGAAAAGCCGCCUCAAGAGACUUGCAGGGACAUUGAAGAAGAAGUUUGUCGGCGUUACUACAGUGCUGUUUCAGGAAAGGGAUGAUGAGAGAGUCAUCGUAGAGUGGUCAGUUGGAAGCGAGUCGUUUGCCCUUGUCUCUGCUGCACAAAGUGAAGGAAAGCCCGGAAAGGAGGGGGGCCUUCAACGUGUAGUGUCGGCGGUUAGGGACACCAGAUCAAAGAUCUUCCGCUUUGGUCUCACGUUCCAGCGGAAAACCGUGAUCAAGGCCUUUGAGGAAUUCACGGAGCUUUGGCUGGAUGACUUCAAUCAGAAGAGCCUCCCUGCUGACGCCAUCCAGGUCAUGUGUGCUCUGACCACGGCAUCUCGCCAUGUCCCCAGCCAGGUUCCCAAGCAGCACUUGGCCCAGAAAUGGAAGGCCAAAGUGGUGGACAUUCUGCACCAAGUGGAAGGGCGUCGGACCUCGAAAACGGCACAAGGGCCACGCGCAAUGACCUGGCGCAUCGUGCCGGAUGACUUUCUUGAAAUGACUGCUCGCCUCAGCAAGCUGAGCCCUGAAGAGGCAGCAUGGCUGGUGAGCAGCACGCAAGCCGCAAUGCACAAUCACAGGAUGAGAUUUGCGGAGACGCAAAUCAUCAGAGAAGACAUCAUGGCACAGGAAGUGCUUGGCGAUGCCAAUGAGGGGGUGGAAGGUGUGGAAGGUGAUGGCGAUGAACGAAGCCCUAUUGGCCCAAGCGAAGAAAUGCAAGCUUUGACAAUGACGACAGAAAAGGCGGUUCAAACCUCCUUGACUUCGGCGAAAAAGAAGACACAAGGCAGCUUGAAGGAAGUUGCACAGCAAAGUGAGAUCCCAAAGGUCGAGGGGAUUGUGCCACGAAUUCCCUCGGAGGAUGAUGAGAUGAGCUAUUAAGCUGAUUCUGAUAAAGCCAGGUUUUGAAAUGGCUUAGAUCGUUGUCCCAGAUUGGAACAGAAUAUCUCCCUAGAGGAGGGCUACAGCGGCUACAGCUGAGUUGGGGCCUAGGAUAGCGUUGCAGUAGUUGUAAUUUAAUAGACCAUGCCAGUCACGCGAAGGCGUGUUGAACCAGCCUGCAUGCAGCCUUAAGAUCUCAGGUGUUGGUAGUUGGC